AUGUUCUCGUUUAAGAAAGAAAUCAGUGACCCACGCGAAGACCACCAUCGCGAGGUCAAAGAACCAGGGAAAAGAUUCUCUCCAAAUGACCAAAAAGAUGUUUCCCCGAGACCACAUUCCCGAGACAGCCACGGUUGUGAGGACAAAGACAGGUCGACCACUAGACCAUCGACGCCAAAACGGGAAGAAAACUCAAGCUCCUCCUUCAUUAAGCCGAGCUUCGAGUCUGCCUUUCUGCCGCCAGCGUUCGGCAACACCCCUUUUGACGCGCCACUUGCAGCCCUAGAGGAACGGGUCAAGGCCAUCGACAGCCAAAUGGCGCAGACGUCGUUCGAGAAGUUCCGGAACAGCAUGGGCCUGGACUCGACAUUCUUCCCCAACUCAUCGUCGAGUGCGUCAAACGGUGAGAAGAAUUCAGAGUACGGGUCUGAAUCGGCCAGCAAGCCCACGAGUCCCGCUUCAGGGGUGGACAUGCCGCCGUACAGCUUUCCGAUGCUCGGUGGUGGGUACGAUGGCCGUGGCGCCACCAAUACGUGCAACAUCUGCAUGAAGACUUUCCCCUGUAAGACCUCCCUGGACAUUCACUAUCGGAGCCACUCCAAGCUGAAGCCUUUUGAGUGUGAGAUCUGCGAGCGUGGCUUCAGCACCCGCGGCAACUUGAAGCAGCACUUGCUGACCCACAAGAUCCGUGACCUCCCAAACUCGGCGUUUGACGACAACGAAGAAGAGGUGCGAAAGCGAGAGGAGAACGGCAGAGACAACGAAGACGACGAUGACACGAGUGAGCUUCCCAACGAGGACUAUCCGUACGAAGAGGAUGUGGACGAGCUGGGUAUUGAUCAGGACGAAGAAGAUUACGAGCAGAUGAACGAUGAUGAUUUUGACGAACCCCCACCUUCAGAUGAGCCGCCGGCGUCUCCGAAAUCUCUGUGCGGUGAUGGUGACUUCCAGGAAAACAACAAUAACAAUGUUUCCAAUUUUCAGAAUCACAAUGGCGACGAUCUGGAUGAAAGUAACGCCGAGGAGCUUGCUGAGGGUGAGAACGAGACUAAAUACUCACCCGAGGAGGAUUCAGAUUCGAGGAGGGACAAUUUUCCCAAACUCGAGCCUCUGUCUCCAAGUUCUCAGACGCAAACAUUCACGUCUCAUUCUGGCGUCACCGUGGAGUCGAGUCCGUCUGCUUCCCUGACUCCUCGACCGCACAACAGCGGGGGGUCUUCUUCCAGCCAGUCCAGCAACCCCACCACGCCCCGGCGUUCGUCCGGACCCAAGCACCAGUGCAUGACGUGCAUGAAACCAUUCUCAUCGGCCAGCGCCCUGCAGAUCCACACGCGCACCCACACCGGGGAUAAACCGUUCAAGUGCACCGUCUGCAGCAAGGCCUUCACCACGCGCGGCAACCUCAAGGUCCACAUGGGAACCCACAUGUGGAACAACAGCCCUUCCAGGCGCGGUCGUCGCAUGUCCAUAGAGCCCCCGUUCCUUCUGUCCCACAUCAAGGACAACCCGUUCAUGCCCGCGGGGUUCCCGCCCAGGCCUCCCCCGGACUUCUUUUACCAGUACCCCAUCCCCAUGAUGAAUGGGCCCGGCUCGAAGAUGAACGAGAUUUCCGUUAUACAAAGCCUGAGUGGCGCCCUGCCCAGCCUACCUCCCAUCCCUCCCCAUCUUAUGCACGGGUUCCUCCCCAAGGAUGAGCCCAAGUCUCCACGAGAGCCGCGUUCUAAUUGUGGGGACGUACGUGAUAACCUUGACAAAAAGUCUUCUGGCGAGCUUGACCUAAGCGUGAAGCACGAAUCCAAGGACCCCAACACGCCCAGGUCCACCGCAGCCACCCCAUCGCUGUCCUUGUCCCUGCACGCCAACACGGCGUCCUUGCCCACGUCGGCGUCCUCGACCACACCGUCUCCCAGCAACAACAAGGAGAACACCGGGUCGGUGGCCCUCGACCUCCGCAACAUGCGGGCCCCCCCGUGGAUGUGGG